CAACACGUUCUGUUACGUCACUGGGAACAGGAAAAGAACAAAAUGGAGGAGUACGCUAGGGAGCCGUGCCCCUGGAGGAUAGUGGACGACUGUGGGGGCGCCUUUACCAUGGGGGCCAUUGGUGGAGGGAUCUUUCAGGCCGUCAAAGGCUUUAGAAACUCUCCUGUUGGCGUGAAUCACAGACUGAGGGGAAGUUUGACAGCCAUAAGGACAAGGGCCCCACAACUUGGAGGAAGUUUUGCUGUGUGGGGUGGGCUUUUCUCCAUGAUUGACUGUGGGCUGGUGAAAGUGAGGGGGAAAGAGGACCCCUGGAACUCAAUCACAAGUGGAGCCAUGACAGGAGCCAUUUUAGCUGCAAGGAAUGGGCCUGUGGCCAUGGUUGGCUCUGCAGCAAUGGGAGGUAUACUGCUUGCAUUAAUAGAAGGUGCAGGAAUAAUGCUCACACGGUUUGCCUCAUCACAAUUCCCAACUGGCCCACAAUUUGCAGAUGAGCCUGCUCCCAUGCCUCCAUCUUCAUUUGGAAACUAUGGACAGUACCAAUGAGAAGCCGUUGAAAACUCAAGGCCUUUUCUUAUUCCAUGAACUCAUCAGAGACACUGAAGUUACAAUGAGGACCUGUCUGACUCAUUCAGCAGAGCAUGCACAAAUGCCACCAACUACAAAUGACUGUGUCGGGAGAAUAUGAAGAGCAAACACCAUUAUCCCUGUUAAUGCAUUUGUCUGCUGUAUGCCUUUUGCUAUUCUCAGCCUUGUCAUUUGCCUCUGGGUCACCCUAUUUAAGUUAAAGGAAAUCAAACCCAGAGUUGUGUUUCGAUCCAUGUGUCCCCAUUUUUCGUGUGUUUUGUUUUGUUUUUACAAUCGUUCUUUUUGACCUUAUUUUGAUGCAGAUGGAAAUGUUUGCCAACUUAAGCAGUUGGUAUUCUGUUUAAGUCAUGCUAGGUUGUUCAAGUUGAUCCCUUAUCAAUUGGCUGUUUAAAGUGUGUGUGUGUGUGUGUGUGUGUGUGUGUGUGUGUGUGUGUGUGUGUGUGUGUGUGUGUGUGUGUGUGUGUGUGUGUGUGUGUGUGUGUGUGUGAAUCAUUGUGCAUGUGCAGAAAAGUUUAUUAUAUGCCUGUGAACAGACUGUUUGCCUUAAUGUAAACUCUCUUUCUCAUGGGCUUCAACAAUAUCUUAAAAUAAUGUUUUUAAAGGAAUAUUCCGGGUUAAAUACAAGUUAAGCUCAAUCAA